AAAGUUCCCAUGAUUCCCCAGUUUGUAGUCUAAAGAUUAGCAACCUAGUUCUGUCUGGUUAGGCAAACAAUCACAAAGCAAGAAAGGAAGCUCUAAAUUCAACAACGGAGGUCAGAUGGCCUCCUCCGUCCACGGCCAGCCGGAAUCUCUCUUCCCAAACCUGGAGCCCGGGAUGGGGAUGUCCGCCGCCAUGCUGGGGCUGUCUGCUGGGUUGGAUGGAGCAGAGCUGGAACUGCAGAAGAUGCUGAUCGAUGGGCGGAUGAAGUGCGAAAACCACAGGACCAACUACCAGACUCUAAAGGCUGAACAUACCAGCUUGCAGGAUGAGUUCACCCAGGCGCAGGGUGAGCUGAAACGUCUGCUGAGCGACAGGCAAACACAGCAGGAGAAACUGCAGCUGCUGUUGGCGGAGCUCCGAGGAGAACUGCUGGACAAAACCAGGGAGCUGGAAGAGCUGCGACUGCAGGUGAUGACACCUCAGCGGCUGGAGUUGCUCAGAGCUCAGGUACAACAGGAGAUGGAGGCUCCAGUCAGAGAGCGGUUCAAUAAAUUGGAGGAGGAGACUGAGAAGUACAGGUCUGAGUACAACAAGCUGCGUUAUGAGUUCACCUUUCUCAAGUCGCAGUUUGACCACCAGAGAGAAGAACAUGCUCACAUGCUGGAGGAGAGGAGGAUCCGCUAUGAGGCAGAGAUCUCUCGUCUGGAGAAGGACCGCGAGGACCUGGUGGCUCAGUACCAGGGUUCAGACCAGCUGCGUGACGGAAAACGAGUGGAGGCUCUGCUGAGGGAGAAGGCCCAGCUCCACCUGAGGAUGAAGGGCCUGGAGGCAGAGAUGGCGGAGCUUCGCGCCCAGAAAGACAACUCGGGCCAGCAGGCCGAUAGCGUCCAACGCAUCCAGAUCCGACAGCUGACCGAGUCGCAGUCCGCAGUGAAGUCGCUGGAGGCGGAGCGUCAGUCGUUGCGUCUGCAGCUGGAGCGAAUGGGCAGCGAGCUCCACCUGACACACGAGCAGAACAGCCAGCUCAGCGGACGACUGAACAAAGCAGAGCGAGAGGUCAGCUCUCUGACCUCCCAGAUUGACAGCCUGAAGCACACCCAUAAAUUGGAGGGGACCAGCAUCAAACUGGAGUGUGCCCGCUCUAAAGGGGAGUUGGAGAGAGAGCGAGACGCACUGCACGGGCAGAUUGACGGCCUGCAGGCGGACCUGGAGGUGCUGAAGGCUGCGGCAGAGCGACACAAGGACGUGCUCGUGGAGAAAGAGAGGGAGUUGGUCAGGAAGGUGCAGUCUGCCCGCGAGGAGGAGUUCCAUAAAAUUGCAGCCCUGCAUGAGGAAAAGUUGGAGGUGGAGAACCGCCUUGCCUCUCUGGAGCAGCAGAGGGCGCUGCAGGUCGCAGCAGACCACUCCCAGAAGGAGGAGUGGGAGGAACGUCUUCGCAUCAGCCAACAAGGAGAGGAGUCGGCCCGCAAGGAGCUGCAGAACCUGAGAAGCAAACUACAGCAGCAGAGCUCCCAUGUGGAGGAGCUUGAGAGACAGAAAGCCCAGAUUGCUGACUUACAGCAGCAGAACCAGGAACUGGGUGUCCAGCUGGGAACGCUGUCUCACUGUGAAAGGGACUUGAUGGAGACAAACCAGCGGCUGAAAGAAAGUCUGGACCGAUUCAGGGAGGAUUUGAGGACGGCCCAAACGCAGGCUGAGAGGAGCCAACACGAGGCAGAGAGGCUGGUGGAGGACCAUCGGGUGGAGUGGUUGGAGGAAAAGCACAAGCUGCAGGAGCGAAAUGCUGAGCUGCAGCAGAAAUACUCUCAGGUCAAAGAGAGACUGCAGAGGGCAGCGGUGGCCCAGAAGAAGAGGAAAUCACUGACAGAGAACAAAGAGAAAAAAAUGCAGGAUAAGAUUCAGUUGCGGGAGGCCAGGAUAGCAGAGCUGGAACUGGAAGCUGCAGCAAAGAGGCGGCCCCCGUUCUCAGAGGAACAGGCUCCACUCAACAGACGGCUGAAGGAGCUGCAGCGACGGCACAACGAGUUCCGCCGUCUCCUAUUGGGCGGUCAGGGGGCCUACAGCGCUGGCCCCGCCUUCCUGACCUCUUCACCCGCACCCUUUGUUUUCCUCAGCUCUGAGGGGCCAUUAGGCAACAUACCAGAGGAGCAGCAUCAGAGGGAGCUGUCCCUGCUCCGUCGGAGGCUGGAGGACCUGGAAAGCGCCCAACAGCAGCAGCUAGAGGAACUAGGAUCGCUGGUGCACAGGGAGCAGGACUCCUCCCAGCCUGGCCUCUGAUCUGUACUUCCUCUGGGACAUUCAAAAUGAGAGGACGCACUUCUUAUUUUAGGUUGUCCCUCCCCAUAAGACAGUCGCACAGUGCGGCCCUCACAGGCAGGGACACUAAGCAGUAGACUGGUGUUUAAUAGCAUUUACAAACACAUUAUGUUGCACUUUUAAAAAAAAAAACUGAUCAAGUUCAGU